CGUGUGUUAAGCACAAUCAUCUGCUUGUUCUUCACUCUUUUGUCUACUAUAAAUUAGUUAUUUCCAAUUCAUUUUUAUUCACAUUUUCAUCCAAAAAAUAAAGAAAGAAAAAAAAACAACUAUGGCAUCAAACCAAGCAAGUAAUAAUACUCAACAAGAAUCUAAGUUCACUCUCUCUAUGAAUCAUGAUAUGGAGCAACAACAAGUAAGCCUAGAUCAUCAACAAGUAGAAGAAAAGGAGUUUGACUACUCAAAACGUUCCCAAUGGCUCCGAGCAGCUGUGCUCGGAGCCAAUGAUGGGUUGGUUUCAACCGCAUCAUUAAUGAUGGGAAUUGGUGCUGUGAAAAAGGACAUAAAAGUCAUGAUCCUUACUGGUUUCGCCGGCCUAGUGGCCGGCGCAUGUUCUAUGGCUAUAGGAGAAUUUGUCUCCGUUUAUUCUCAACUCGAUAUAGAAGUUGCUCAAAUGAAGAGAGAUAAUAAAAGAAGAAAUAAAAUCGAAGGAGCUGACGAGGACGAAAAAAAUGUCUUGCCAAAUCCAGCACAAGCAGCAGCAGCAUCAGCUCUAGCAUUUUCAGUAGGUGCAAUUGUGCCAUUACUGGCUGCAUCUUUUAUAAGAGAUUAUAAACUGAGAAUUGGAGCUGUUGUUGCUGCUGUCACCAUAGCUUUAAUGGUGUUUGGAUGGUUAGGAGCUGUGUUAGGAAAAGCACCAGCAAUCAAGUCAUCUGCUAGGGUUUUGUUUGGAGGUUGGUUGGCCAUGGCUAUAACUUAUGGCUUGACAAAAUUGAUUGGUUCUAGUGGCCUUUAAAAUCGAAAAAAUACUGGAAUUAGCUGCGAACUUAUUCAUACUUUUUGAUAAUCUAUUGCUAAAUAACUUUAGCGGUGGAUUUUAUCA